GUCAAUAAUUUCAGUUAUCUUUCAAUAUGUGUGUGUGUGUGUAUAUAUUGUAUGUAUCUAUAUACGCGCGCGCGGUCACACGCACACACGCACUUGUUUCUUUUCCUUGGCGACUAUCCAUUGCCUUUCAUUUGCUGUGCUGAUCAGUACGUUGACAACGGCAAUCAGCAUUGAUGGCAGAGGCUCGUAAUACGACCUCCACGGUGCCUGAGAACAUGUCUUCCACGGUGAGAGACGAAGGUGAAGUUGGCAAUUUUGAAUGCAAUAUUUGCUUUGAUUUAGCUCAAGAUCCAGUGAUCACCUUCUGUGGGCAUCUCUAUUGCUGGCCAUGCCUUUACAAAUGGCUACAAGGUCACUCAAAGUCCCACCAAUGCCCUGUUUGUAAGGCCCCGGUGGAUGAGGAAAAGCUGAUCCCUCUAUACGGCAGGGGGAAGACGUCAACUGACCCAAGAUCAAAACCUCCUCCUGGUACUGAAAUCCCAAACCGACCAGCAGGGCAGAGACCUGAAACGGCGCCAUCUCCAGAAGCAAAUAACUUGUCUGAUACUGCAUUUGGACGAACGGGCGGAUUUAUACCAGUUAUACCAGCAGCAAUCAGCAACUUUGGGAUUACUGCUGGUUUUGAUGGGAUGUUAUCUCCUAUUUUCAGUUUCCAUUUUCAUGAGUUCCCGAAUGCAAGCGGAUAUGGAGGAGUAUCAGGGUAUGGUUAUGGAUAUCCUAGCUCGUUGCCUGAUCUUGAAGGCGGAUUUAACACAGAGAAUAGUCAACCUGCAGGGUCGAAUGAUGAGAGCUUGAGGAAGAUUCUUCUCUUCAUUCUUGUUCUUGUAUUUUUUGGUCUUCUAACAAUGUAAUGUAAUUUGCUCAGUUGUGUAAUGCUGCUUGGAAGGUGGGAUUUGUGGGUAGAAAGCAGCAAAGGGAAUUCUCUACUAUAAGUUGGUGUUGCAUUUCAUUAUGCAAAAUCCACGUUAUUGUGUAUGUAAGAACUUUUGUUUACACGGAGUGUAUAUGUUGUAAGGUGUAUUACGAGGUGUAAUAUCAAUUUGUAAUAAAACAAUCAAACUAACAAAAUAAGCCUUUUUGAUUCUAA